CACCCUGGUGACACAAAUAAAUAUUAUAAGGUGAUGCUGCACCUCGCCUACAGUUCUUCGACUCUUCUCUGAGAUCGCAUUAACCUGGCCCAUCGCGCCGCUCGACACCCAACCACGAUGUCACCAGAUGAAUCAAUCACCCUCAUCAAGGCUAACUUGGCUGAAGUCCUGAACCCCGAGAUACUCGACAAUGUGAUUCUCAAAGAAGACCGACCCCUCCGCGUCUACUGGGGAACCGCCCCAACAGGGAAACCACACUGCGGCUACUUCGUACCCAUGGUCAAGAUCGCUGAGCUCCUCCCCGCAGGGUGCCAUGUCAAGAUCCUCCUCGCCGACAAACACGCACACAUGGAUAGUCACGCGCCCCUUGAAGUGAUCAAGCACCGAUGCGAAUACUACAGACUGCUCAUCAACAGCUCGCUCAAAGCUAUCGGCGUCGAUGUCUCCAAGCUUGAGUUUGUGGUUGGAAGCUCAUUCCAGGACAGCAAAGAAUACCAGGACGACCGAUUUCGCUUCUCGAAUAAUGUCAAGGUGUCACAACUGAUCAAGGCUGGCUCUGAAGUCGUCAAACAAGGCGAGAAUCCGACGCUGGGUAGCGUGGAAUAUCCCAUAUGGCAAAGUCUCGAUGAAGAGUAUCUCGAUGCUGACGCGGAGCUGGGCGGAGUCGAUCAACGAAAAUUAUUUACUUUUGCUAUUGAUCAUAUGCCGAAGCUUGGCUACAAACUGCGAGCUCACUUAAUGAACGCCAUGGUUCCCGGGCUCGGAGAGGCACAGAAGAUGAGUUCAAGCGAGCCCAGCUCCAAGAUCAAUAUUCUCGAUACUCCAGAAGAAGUCACCAAAAAUCUAAGAAAAGCGGUGUGCACCCCCAAGGAAGUGGAAGGAAACGGUGUCCUUGCGUUUAUAGAACAUGUCAUCUUCCGCGUCGAGUCAUUGAAAACUGAUGGCAAGCCAACGUUCACGGUUGAAACACGAGAUGGCCAGACAUUGGUCUACGAGGAUAUUUCCAAGCUGAAGGAGGAUUACAAGAGUGAUAUUUUGACGCCACAGGCAAUUAAGCCCGCAAUGAUCAAAGCGCUCAAUAAUCUUCUGGAUCCCAUACGGAACGACUUUGAGUCAGGUGAUGAGUGGCAGCGCAUCGCCGAGCUGGCUUACCCGAUUCACGUGAAGCCAAAGAAAGGGAACAAGGUGAAAAGCAAUGGCAAGAUAUCUAGAGAGCUGCCUAUCCGAGUUGGGCACGUUUAAAACCAAGAGUUGGAUGUUCCUUAAUACCAACUAAAUUACAUCUUGCAUAAUUUAGCACUUUGGCCUUUUACCACUUUUAAAACCUCAGAAUUAUCGGCUGGUUGCAGAUCGAUGACUGGUCCUUUAUACACCUAAACUACGGUUUAAUACACAUAGGUGGACUUGGGAUUUGAAAGCUUGCUAAUAGUGAUGUUGAUAUACAAAGGCUCAAGCCUGCAAACCGACGCCUCUAUAUUUAGCACUUGACAUCUUGAUUUACUAUAUUACGGAAGCUCUAGCGAGAUGCGAAACACCAGUUCAUUACCAAG